AUGGAAGAAACAAAGGACGAAGCUUACGAGGAAGAGCUUCUCGACUACGAAGAGGAAGAAGACAAAGCUCCCGACACCAACGGAGCUAAAGUCAACGGUGAAGCUACCAAGAAGGGCUAUGUCGGAAUCCACAGUUCAGGCUUUAGAGACUUUCUUCUCAAACCAGAGCUUCUUCGGGCUAUUGUCGAUUCGGGAUUUGAACAUCCAUCUGAAGUGCAACACGAGUGCAUACCUCAAGCAAUCCUAGGAAUGGACGUAAUUUGUCAAGCUAAAUCUGGAAUGGGAAAGACUGCUGUCUUUGUUCUCUCGACUUUGCAGCAGAUUGAUCCUGUUCCGGGUCAAGUAUCUGCACUUGUUCUAUGUCAUACUAGAGAACUAGCUUACCAGAUAUGCCAUGAGUUUGAGAGGUUUAGCACAUACUUAACCGAUCUGAAGGUUGCUGUCUUUUAUGGUGGGGUCAAUAUCAAAGUUCACAAGGAUCUGUUGAAAAAUGAGUGCCCUCAAAUUGUUGUUGGAACACCUGGAAGAAUACUAGCAUUGGCUAGAGAUAAGGAUCUUUCUUUGAAGAAUGUUAGACAUUUUGUUUUAGAUGAAUGUGAUAAGAUGCUCGAAUCACUCGACAUGAGGAAAGAUGUUCAAAACAUUUUCAAGUUGACUCCCCAUGACAAGCAAGUUAUGAUGUUUUCAGCAACACUCAGCAAGGAAAUCCGCCCAGUCUGCAAAAAGUUUAUGCAAGAUCCUAUGGAAAUUUAUGUUGACGACGAAGCCAAGUUAACCCUUCAUGGACUUGUUCAGCACUACAUCAAAUUGAAAGAGGAGGAGAAAAACCGCAAGUUGAAUGAUCUUCUUGAUGCACUAGACUUCAACCAAGUUGUUAUCUUUGUGAAAAGUGUUAGUAGAGCAGCUGAGCUGGACAGACUACUCAUAGAAUGCAAUUUUCCAUCUAUAUGCAUUCACUCUGGAAUGUCCCAGGAAGAAAGGUUAAAGCGAUAUAGAGGUUUCAAGGAGGGGCAUACAAGGAUUCUUGUUGCUACAGAUUUGGUUGGUAGAGGGAUUGACAUUGAACGUGUCAAUAUUGUUAUAAACUAUGACAUGCCCGACUCUGCAGACACUUACUUGCACAGGGUUGGCCGAGCUGGAAGAUUUGGUACCAAAGGCCUUGCAAUCACAUUCGUUUCAUGUUCUACUGAUGUUGAUGUUCUCAACAAUGUUCAAUCAAGGUUUGAAAUAGAUAUAAAGCAGCUUCCUGAGCAGAUUGAUACUUCUACCUACAUGCCAUCAUAG